GAGUGAGAACUGGAAAGUCAUCAUCCCAAGCGACGUCGCUUAACCGGUGCGUUGAAAUAAAUGUGCCUGGGAAGUUGUUGGAAAAAAUAACGAAGAAGAGAAAGAUGAAGGGGAAGCUGCGAAGCCCUAAGCCUAAGGAGCAUCAGCUCAACCCCAACUGGGAGCUGCUCCGUCAAAAGCUGAUAAAGAGCAAUGGCCCAAAGAAACAGUCCACCAGAAGCCAACAACAGAAAUCAGAACCAGAAUCCCAGAAUUCCAUUUUAGGGAAGCGUAAAGAGAGGCCAGUGACUGAGACUGAUGGUUCUAAGCCUAACCCAUUGAUCCCAAGCUCCUCUGAUUCCAGCGUCACAGAUGUUUUAGCCAUGGAUUGCGAAAUGGUCGGCGUCAGUUCUAUGGGAAACAAAAGUGCUCUUGGACGAAUUACACUGGUAUCCCUGGUUACAACUUUUGCGCAUGUCACUGGAUUUUUUUAAAAUUUUUAUUAAGUUUUUCCUUUUGAUCUUUUAUAUG